CAGUGUGGCCAGUUAGAACCACGUGACGGCAGUAGAGAGAAAGACCGGGGUGCAGACUCAAAGCGGUCUCCAUCCCCGCAGAGCAGAGCGGAUGAAACACCGGUCACCUUCAGAGCAGCAUCCCGGGAAAAGGCCCCGUGUUCCCGCCGCGGCUGCCUCCAGUACACCGCAAGACGGAAUGGAGGACAAAACACCAACAAACCCGCGGGAACUCACCCAAAAUCCGCUCAAGAAGAUCUGGAUGCCCUGUAAAAAUGGCCUUCCUGAAAAACACAUUUCGCAAAGAAAGGUAUGUAUGACCAACUGUCCUACCCUGAUUGUGACUGUGGGCCUUCCUGCCAGGGGGAAGACCUACAUCUCCAAGAAACUGACCCGUUACCUGAACUGGAUUGGCGUGCCCACCAGAGAGUUUAAUGUCGGGCAGUACAGGAGAGAGUUCGUGAAGAUAUACAAGUCCUUCGAAUUCUUCCGUCCAGACAACGAGGAGGGUUUAAGGAUCAGAAGACAGUGUGCAUCAGCAGCGUUGAAUGAUGUGCGGCAGUAUCUCACAGAGGAAGGAGGCCAGGUUGCGGUUUUUGACGCAACAAACACCACACGAGAAAGAAGGGAAACCAUCAUCGAGUUUGCAGAGCAGAAUGGCUUCAAGGUGUUCUUUGUGGAGUCUGUGUGUGAAGACCCGGAUGUCAUACAGGAGAACAUAGUGCAAGUAAAGCUGAGCAGCCCUGAUUACACAAACUGCAACACUGAGGAGGCGGUGGAAGACUUCAUGAAGAGGAUCAAGUGUUAUGAAAACUCCUAUGAGACGCUGGAUGAAGUCUUGGACAGGGAUCUCUCCUAUAUCAAAAUCAUGGACGUGGGUCAGCGUUACUCAGUCAACAGGGUGUUGGACCACAUCCAGAGCCGGAUUGUCUACUACCUCAUGAACAUUCACAUCACACCACGAUCCAUCUACCUGUGUCGCCAUGGUGAGAGCGAGCUCAACGUCAAGGGGAGGAUUGGAGGAGACUCCGGCCUCACACCAAGAGGCAAAGAGUUUGCCAAGAAACUGAGCCACUUCAUCCAGUCACAGGGCAUCAGCGAACUGAAGGUGUGGACCAGUCAGAUGAAGAGAACCAUCCAGACUGCCGAGGCCCUCAACGUGCCCUAUGAACAGUGGAAGGUCCUGAACGAGAUUGAUGCAGGUGAUUGUGAGGAGUUGAUGUAUGAGGAGAUCCAGGACCACUAUCCUCUGGAGUUUGCUCUGAGGGACCAGGACAAAUAUCGUUAUCGAUAUCCAAAAGGAGAGUCCUAUGAGGAUCUGGUGCAGCGGUUGGAGCCCGUCAUCAUGGAGCUGGAGCGGCAGGAGAACGUGCUGGUUAUCUGUCAUCAGGCUGUCAUGCGCUGCCUGUUGGCAUAUUUUUUGGACAAGACAGCAGAGGAGCUACCGUAUCUUAAGUGCCCGCUCCACACCGUGCUGAAGCUAACGCCAGUGGCCUACGGCUGUAAAGUGGAGUCCAUCUGCUUAAAUGUGGAGGCUGUCAACACACACCGGGAAAGACCAGAGAACGUAGAAGUGUCGCGGAUGUCAGAGGAAGCUUUGCUUACAGUGCCAGCUCACCAAUGAAGCAGAGUCCCUCACCCCAUCCUCCAUUACCCUUCUAAUGUUACCAUCCAUCGUACCACUGAGGAUGCCCUGCAGACCGUCCCUCCUCAUCUCUGACAGCCUGCUGCAGCUGGACCUUCUCUCUCACUCCUUUGGAUGGACUCAUCAGGGUGAAGGUCCUCCUCCUCCUUCACCACUCCUGCCACACUCUUCACCUUGUGUUCUUCAUUUUCAAGAAAUUUGAAGGAAACCGACCUGAACACUUGUUCUGUUAGGACCUUGUAAGGGUUUCAUGACGCUACAAUCUGUUGUUCUCCACACUACAGGUUCACUUUAUUUAUCAAUCAGACUGUUGUCUUGCACUGAGGGGAUUCCAACACCUGAUUAUUUGUUUCUAUAUUCACUGUGGUGUGUUCAUCUGUGCAACACUAAACCUGGCAGCACUAAAGCUUCCUGUAAUAUUUUGAAGUAUUGAACAUGUAGUGUCAACAAAUUAUCAUGUGACUCGUGUGUGACAUGGUGUUGUAUUGUGCAAUCAUUGUUUAAUGUGAAAGUGUCUUCAGUGAUAGUGUGCAAUAUGAAGUUUAUAUCUACUUGAAAAUAAUAAUAUGAAGCUUACUAUUAAGAUAAUGAGGUUGAAUGAAGUGACGAACAAGCUCUCAUUAAAUUAUUUUCUAAGGUGGAGGGAAAAGUCACCUAUGUUUUUUUUUGUAAUAUCAAGGUAAAAUGAAAUGCGGUUGAUUCCACACACCGAGGUUUGGUGAAAUUAAAACACGUCCUUGUCACUUUUCAUAAAAAGAACAUAUCGGAGCGCACACGGGAUUGGAAUCUUCAACAUGCAAUGUUAGCUCAAAGCUUCUAUGUAUGUAUAUCCAACUCAACUAUAAUAAAGAUGUGUUAUUUUUAUAAACCAA